GCGCAUACUUCAAAUGUGUCUUUUGGCGGGUCUGGAUUUUCUCAGGGUUGCUAUGACAAAGUGUGGUAUCGUUAGUUAGAUGGAUUUACUUCACUACAAACUAAGGUGUAAAAAGGUUGUACAGUCGUAUUUGGAUUCGCAUGUAAACAAACAGGACCUUCCUGAUGAUUUUUGUGUACUUGCUUUCCCUGUAAAUAUACUAAAUGAUAGGUCACUAAUUGAGACCAUAGUUUCUGUCGUCCAGAAUCGUUCUUCUGAUAAAAGCGCCCUAUUUAUUUUCUCUCGAACCAAGAAUUUGAUUUCGGAUCAAUCUGAUGUUCCAGCAUUGAUUGAUUUGAUUGUUUUGGAUGAAGACUUCUAUUGUGAGGCAACAGACUCUGGUAUUUACCUUCUUGUUACUGGAAAGCGAUUGGUCAACAUAUCUGCCGAUGAAAAGAAACGUACAAGUCAACAGCUUAAACUUUAUGUUGUUUCCAAUCGUGAAAAAGACUCAUCAAAUCCUAGAGUGAAUAACACAAGUGAUAUUGAUUCGGACAAUGAAACAUAUUCAAAGAAUCCAGUGUUUUUGAAAAGUCUAAAAAAUAACUACGAGAAACCAAUAGAUAAAGAAAAUAUUCAAUUUUCUAAUGUCAAUUUUACUUUGGAAUUUAAUAAUGUAGAUGAUGCUAUGGAAUUUCGGAAGAAAACUCUUCACUUGUCUUCCGGAAAUCGAACAAAGUUAUCGGAAUUUAAUUAUGCUAAGUCAUCUAAAGAGCGAACAACCUAUGAGAUGGGUAAAGAAGCUUUAGCUGUUUUGAAUUCCUCUUCUGAACAAACGUUUUGGUUACAAAAAUAUUGGAAAGAAAUGGAACAAACAACCGCUUCAUCCUCUAUCAUUAAUACACCUCGAUCAGGGGUGAAUAUUACUAGUUCUUCUGGAUUAAAUGGCGACAAUAAGUAUAAUCGUCAUCUAAGUGGAUCUUUACCACACAGUACUUCUGAUGAUACAUCUAGUACAAGUGAAACAAUAAAUAUGAAUAGUAGUAGUUGUUCCAGCAUUAGUUCAUUCAAUCAUAGUGUUAAAAUAACACGACAAAAUGAAAUUGAAAAACUACCUACUACUAACGUUGAUGAUGAUAACAAUAAUACUAAUAAUAAUGGUUAUAAUAAAAUUAAACAAAAACGAUCUGUAAAACAUUCAACGAAACUGCGUCAUUCCCAAUCAUCUUCAAUAUUAUAUCCAUAUACAGUAAACCAUUCACAUGAUAAUGAUAAUCGACUAUCGAAUCAUUUGAUUGACCGAUCAGUUCCACUUACUAGAAAGAAUUCACCAUCAAUUCAAUUAGAUGUGGCUAUUCCCUUGAAUAAUGAUUUACAAUGUACAGUCACAUCAGCACAUAGUUGUGCGGAUCUCACUUCCGAUUCUACUAUUCACGAUGAUCAUUCGAGUAAAAAUAAGAAUGAAUAUCUAGAACCACGUGUUUUUCGGGCACGAUUCAAUCAAGCUGGUAAUAUUAUUCAAAGAAAAUUAAUUGAACGUAUGCAUGAAUAUUCCAAGAUCGAAAAGGUUCGUAUUUAUGUUGGUACAUGGAAUGUGAAUGGUCGAAGUGAUACUAAUGGCAAUAUACAAUUGGAUAAAUGGCUCAUAUCACCUGACGGUCAACCACCAGCUGAUAUUUAUGUAUUUGGGUUUCAAGAAAUGGAUUUAAGUUUCAGUGUAAUUACUCUAAAUAAAACUAGUUCUACUGGACCCGAAGAACGAUGGAUCCAACAAUUAGAAGAAGCUUUAGGUGGUUUACUCAAACGACCUUCAUCACAUUCUGUUUGGGCUCAAAGAACAGGUUCUGUAAAAUCAUACGCUGCUCAAUGGUCUCAUUAUACAGGAGGUGGUUAUUUACGAGUGGAACGUGUUCGCCUAGCCGGAAUCAUAAUGAUUGUUUACAUAUCAGCUCGUCUAUCUGCUCAUUUACCUCGUGAAGAAAUCUCUUGUCAAGUUGUUCCUACAGGUGUUUUCAAUGUAAUGGGUAAUAAAGGUGCUGUUGGUAUCCGAUUGACCAUAUUUAAUUCUUCUUUAUGUUUUGUUAAUUGUCAUUUGGCUGCAGGUGAAGCGAAUCUUGAUCGUCGUAAUCAAGAUUUUCGAGAAAUUACACGUAAAAUGUUAUUUGAAUUUCCAAUGAACUCGAAAAAUCCCAUACAAUCAUCUGAAAAAUCGUUUAUUUCAGAUCAUGACAUUAUAUUCGUAUUCGGUGAUUUAAAUUAUCGUAUUAGUGGUCUGGAUUCACCUAGUGUUCGUAAAUCUAUAUUUGAAAAAGAUUUUUCUUCUUUACUCAAAUAUGAUGAAUUAUUAAAACUUAUGGAGAAUCGUAAUUUAUUUGAUGGUUUUCAUGAACCUAUUAUCAAUUUCGCGCCAACUUACAAAUUCGAUAUGAAUUCCAAUGUUUAUGAUUCUAGUGAUAAAAAUCGUGUUCCAUCCUAUUGUGAUCGUAUCAUAUGGUCAGGUGAUGGUUGUGAACCAAUUAUUUAUCGUUCACAUCCAGAAUUUGUUUGCAGUGAUCACAAACCUGUUUCUGCAUACUUUUCAGUUGAUUUGCGUCGUAUAAUACGUUCAGCAUUUCAACGUGCUUAUGAAUCCGUUUUACUCAGUAUAGAUUUAACCACAAACUUAUCACUUCCACAAGCUGAAUUGGAUAAACAAGAAUUAGAUUUCGGUUAUGUACAUUUUCACGAAUUAUGCAGUCAAUCAUUAACUUUAACUAAUAUUGGCCUGAAUGAUUUCCAAUUUAAAUUCUUACGUGAAGGUGUUGGAUCAUUUCCACCAUGGCUUUCAGUUAGCCCAUCAUGUGAUUCCGUGAAACAAGGUAUUUCUAUUAAAUUAGAAUUUCAAAUAUUUGUUAAUUAUAAAGAAGUGUAUGCACUGAAUAGUGGUACUAUUCAAUUAUCUACAAUUGUUGUAUUACAAUUAGAAGAUGGGAAAGAUUAUUUUAUUUCAAUCAAUGCUCAGUUCAUUCCAACAAGUUUUGGUUUACCAUUAAUUCUAUUAUUAAGUUUAGAAUCAGAGCCUGUAAAUAAACUUUCCGUUAAUGAAUUACAAGAUCAGAUAAAGUUGGCUCGUUCAGAAAAUAAUGACUAUUUUAAAACAAAAUUAUGCAGUUUAGUUGAUCGGAAACCAUUUCAUGUUCCUAAAGAAAUCUUUCGUCUUGUAAAUCAUAUAAAUGAAUAUAUAACAGAACCUGAUCUAUUUCGUCAAAUGGGUCCAUCUUCUGACAUUGGGAUAAUACGUGAUAUACUGGAUACAACUCCAGCUAAUUGUCCUUUUCCUGAAACAAUUUCUGUACAUUCAAUUACAUCGUCUUUAUUAUUGUUUUUGAAUACACUCCCGGAAUCUGUGAUACCACAAGAAUUUCAUGAGAAAUGUUUUAAUUCAUUAGCAAAUUUUGAAUCUGCUGUACAGGCUUUACAGUAUCUUCCUAUUUGUAAUCAAAAUUUAUUUUAUUAUUUAAUCACAUUUAUGCAACGUUGUUUGACUUUCAAAGAACAGAAUGGUACAGAUAUCGAUCUACUUGGUAAGUUAAAUGAAGACUUAUUAUUACAAUAGAAAGUUUAUGAAAAUUAUUGAAUCUCAUAAUUGAUUUUAAUUUAACGAUCAUUUCAAACUAGGAAGUAUUAAACAAUUUUAUACCAGUUCCAUAGUUGAAAGGUUAAUUGUUCACCGUGAAAUCCGAAAAUGCCCACUGCUGAAGAGUUCGAUAUUAGGAUGAAACAGCUAUCAAUUACUUCCUGGUUUAUAGUGUUUACCUGACCAACGUGUCGAUCUGUUGGGUAUAUACUUCUUAUGCUGAUAGAUAUAAGAGGUAUCUAUCAGAAAUUAAAAGUAUAAUUUUUACAGACAGAAGAGGAAAGUGAAAAAAAAAUAGAGAAAGGAAAGCAGAAAGCAAUCGAAAUGAUAACAGGGAUGGAAGAACGAUAGAAUUUGUUAGGGAUAACUCAAGGAAGAUGAGCAAUUAGUGUAUUUUCAUAUUUUUACAAAUACAAUAUGUAAUUUUGCAUGUUACAAUAAAUUGUUUUACUCGACCCAAGUUCAUUUUAUGUCAAAUAUUUCAUUGAUAUGUGAUUUUCGUACAUGAAAUAAUUCAUUUUCUCUCAUCAAUUAUUCUCUCUCUCUCGAUAUCUAUUCAUUAUGAACUUUUUGUGUCAAUUAUCCGGACUUGCGUACUGUUGUCAUAUGACUGCAUCAAUCUCAUGAGGUCAAGUAAUCAACUAUCCAUUUAUUACAGUUACAAAAACUAUUCAUACUUGUCUUUUUCAGUCAUUUUCCUAAUAAGAAUGGCUUUAGUAAAUAAUACGAUUGUUUUGUGAUAACAGCAUUAUUUUUUCUUCUUUGUUCUUUGCGAUUCUCCUCCUCGAAAUGCAAAAUGUUGCUUCAGCAUUGGGUUGCAUCGACACCUGAAUCAAUAAUGGGGAGUGAAGUAGUUGAGCGUGUCGACUGCUUCAUUUAUCUUAGAACUGGUUUACUGUUCGUUCCGUCCUACUUUAUGGCAUUGAAACAUGGCCAGUAAGAGUAGAGGAUAUUCGUAGGUUACUAGUAUUUGAUCAUAGGUGUCUUCGAAACAUUGCUCGUAUAUCCUGGGAGCACCAAGUAAGUAACUCAGUUGUUAGGAAACGGAUACUAGGUAAGGAUGGCGAAUCAAUUGAGGAAGUAGUGAAACUUAAUCAGUUGAGAUAGCUGGGACAUGUGUUACGUAUGCCCGACCACCGAUUGCCCCGACUUGCGAUGUUUUAUGGUGUAGGAGUAUGUUGGAAGAAAGCUAGGGGCGGCCAGACCAAAACAUGGCACAAAUCCAUAAAGUCACUGACAAGUGGACUGAGCCAUGUUGGUAGGUGUGGACUAUCUGGUUGGGGUCCGCGAGAUGAUAGCAACCGAUGGUUAGAGACCUUGAAUGAUAUGUCUCAAAAUCGUUUGCAAUGGCUCAAUUGCAUCCACUAUUUGUGUUCUCCCAAAUUUUAAUCUUCUGAAUUCUUCAUGUCCCUUUUUCUUUGCUUUCCAAAUUUAUUUCACUGGAUUAUACUCUUUGAAUAACAUCUUCAAACCCUAAUCGUUCCGGUUACUGCUUAUACUUUUACUACCUCUACCACUAUGGGAUUUGAAUCGAGUUGUAUCUGUGUGCUAAUGUGGUUUGGCGACUCGAACUGAUGUACGUACGUAAGACGUUCUACGUUGUUGAUGACUGAAUGAUAUUUUAAACUAGCGAUUUACAGUGAAAAACAUGUCGCUUUUCUCACAGUUUAUAACAUCAGUGUAGUUCAUUUUCAAAGUAUAACCAUGAUUACUGUUGCCAGAACAUUUUAAUUUCUGUACUUUGUAUACUGAUUUCUUUUUGGAUAUGAUACAUACGGUAGGGGAAGUUGAUGACAUGUUAUCGUCUAGCUAUAAUUUAACUUAUUGUAAUAAGAUAUAAACGUUUACAAGAUAUCGUAAUAUGCCUAAAACUUAUAAUGGGUAAGCCUUGAAUCUUUUGAAUUCGAACCGUUAAUAAUCAUCCGAGUUUUAUUUCAGUUUACUUUUAUGCAGAGAAGUCGAUUCAAAGAUUGUAUGUUCUUCACCACAUCAUAUUUCAACUCAUUGUAUAUGAAUAUACGUAUUCUUGAUCUUGUGACUUCUAAUAUCUCUUUACUUGUUACCACUAUCGUCUUUUAUCACCAGUUUGAGAUGUAGCUACUACCUGUUGAUGAUAUAUGAUAAUAGUAGUGACGUCUCAACGGUUUUCUAUUGUUCUUCACAAACGUUACUAACUUCUAAUAUAUAAACUUCCAAACAUCGGAAUUACCACAUCAACGGUAUUAAGCGAUGGCUCAGUGGUGAGAGCGUUCGACUUUGAGCUAUUACGUCACGGGUUAGAACUCCAAUCAGUUCAUGUCAGUUUAUCAGUCAAACAUGUCUAUCCCUCACAUUUGUAGCGUGAUUAGAAUUUUUACCUGGUAAGUCAGUUACUUCUGUUCUGUCAUUGAUUUUUUUCAGGAAAUUUGCUCUUUGAUAACAUUGUGAUUGACUUUCUUCUUCUUGCUGUUUAACACGUCUCAUUUACUGAUCUUGUUUUCUUUCGAUUUUUUCACAGCUCCAUGUUUUGGUGAGAUAUUUUUUCUUGAAUCGUCGUCGAACACAACAACAUCUCAGAAAGGUGCUGUUGCAAUGAAACAGCUUAAGCGAGCCGCUUUCAUUAGCAUUUUCCUCCGUCAAAAUUAUUUCAUUUCUAAUCCUUCACUAAUGUCAACAUGUCAACACUAGUUCAUGAUAAUAUUAUUAUUACUUUUUCUAAAAUAUAACUUUUGCUUUUGUCAAUAAUGACAAACUUUAUUUUUUACUUUUCUGUAGUCUCAUUUAUUUUAUUAUUUGUCCAAUCUGAGUUUUGUCUUCUUUCAUAUUUCAGUUUAUUUUGUUCUCUUUUUACAUUACUAUAGUCUUUCUGAAUAAAUAAUAAUAACCAUUCCUCGAAAUUUCAUUUCACAAUUCUCAGCGUUCGCCCUGUAUGUGUACACCUGAACCGUGUUUUUUUAUUUAAAAAAAAAUAGAAUAAUACAAGGAAACAAUACCAAACUGCUGAUAUUUACCCAUGAAUUCUAUUAUCAUAUUAGUUAUUACAUAAUAAUAAACAAUGCUGUAUGAUAAUAUUCUUUCACGUUAGUAAUAAUAGUAUGACUGAUAGACAAUAAUCUCAUGAUGUAUAGAGGACUAUUUAUAAUCUCAUUAUUUCCAUUUCUUGUCAAUCUCAACUGAUAUCUAAAUGAACUAACAUUCCGUAAUUUACGAAAGAGAAUGUGUGCGUGUAAGAGAGAAAGUAAGGAGAGUGAAAAUUCUCAUGUCUUGCAUAGUGUUUCUUCUGUUGUGUAUGUUUACUGCCUGUUUAUUAUUUUCGCUGAUUUAUUUUUCUUGUUACAUUCUAGUUCGGUCAUUCAUUAUUAUUAUCCUGUUGUUUACACGAAAGUGAUUCUUGUUUUCUGCAUAUAGUCAUGUUCAGUAAGAACAAAAUCAAAGUGAUGGAAAUAUUUUCCUCAAUAUGAGAUUGACGUGGUAAAACGGAAAAGCUUUGUGAUUCACUUUUAUUGAAUUAUUUUUAUAGAAGAGUAUCUUAUUGAUGAAUGAGACAAAUUGUCGAUCGGUAAAAUCAAAGAACAGAAUACUGGUUAAUAGGUGAUAUGCAAUGUUAUGUGUGAUCAAGUGAUGGCUAUUGACAAAAAUAAAAUUGAUUUACUUAAGUCA